ACCACACAAUUUUCUCAAAGGUAUGGUUCCCAUCCAUUUCCUUUGCAGAAAAAAUUAGCUUGCGAGUUGUACAACAUUAGAAUUAAUGCCACUGGAAACUCGGUAGAAACAGAGUCCACAUUUGGAUGACAACACUUUUGGAGCUGAUAGGCAGUGUGUGCGCGCGAAUUUACUAACUAGGAUGGCCUACGCUAUCAUGGUUAGCAAGAAAAAGAACAAAAACAAACAACACUUAACCUUUAAAAAAAAAAAACGAACAAAAAUAUCAUUCCUUUAAUUUUCUUCUCUAUAUAAGUAGCAUUACUCUGCAACACAAUUCCACACCAAAACACACCCAACAAAUUAGUUGUUCAGGUUUGUGAAAGAAGAGAGAAAUGAUGAUGAAUGGAGAGAUGUGGACUCAACUAGGGUCCAUGGUAGCUGGGGUAAUGUUCAUUUGGGCUAUGUUUCAGCAAUACGUCCCACGUGAAUUCCGAUCCUAUUUCCAAAAAUACACCCAAAAACUGGUCACUUUUUUGUACCCUUAUAUCCAAAUCACUUUCCAUGAGUAUUCCGGUGAUGGCUUUCGGCGUAGCAAAGUCUACACUUCCAUUCAAACUUAUCUAAGCGCAACUUCCUCUUCUGGUGCCAAAAGACUCAAAGCAGAUGUCAUGAAAGAUAGUGAAUCUCUAGUUCUCAGUAUGGAUGACAAUGAAGAAGUCACUGAUGAAUUCAAAGGCAUCAAACUCUGGUGGAGAUCGAACAAAAUCAGGCCAUCAACACAAUCAAUCUCCUUUUAUCCUCGCGAGGAUGAAAAGAGGUAUUACAAGCUCACCUUCCACAAGAGGUAUCGCGAUACCAUCACCGACACUUACUUGACUCAUGUCAUGGCUAAGGGGAAGGCAAUUGCAGUGCAGAAGCGACAACGCAAGCUCUACACCAACAACAAGAGUGAGAGGUGGGGUGGAUACAACAGGACUACGUGGACUCAUGUCCAUUUCGAGCACCCUGCAACAUUUGACACACUAGCACUUGAGCCCAACAAGAAGAAACAGAUCAUGAAUGAUCUCAUUACAUUUACUAAGGCAAAAGACUACUACAAGAAAAUUGGGAAGGCAUGGAAAAGAGGGUAUCUUUUGUAUGGUCCUCCUGGAACAGGUAAAUCGACUAUGAUUGCAGCCAUGGCUAACCUUUUGGAGUAUGAUAUUUACGAUCUUGAGUUGACCUCGGUGAAGGACAACACGGAGCUGAGAAAGCUAUUGAUCAAUACAACGGGGAAGUCAAUCAUAGUGAUUGAGGACAUUGAUUGUUCACUUGAUCUUACCGGCCAAAGGAAGAAGAAGGAGAAAGAGGAUGACGAGGACAAAGAAAAAGAUCCAAUAAAGGAAAAGGCGAAAGGUGUUGAAGAUGAGAAGCAGAAGGAUAGCAAAGUAACUUUGUCUGGGCUAUUGAAUUUCAUUGAUGGGCUUUGGUCAGCUUGUGGUGGUGAGAGAAUCAUUGUAUUUACUACUAAUUUCGUCGAAAAACUUGAUCCCGCUCUCAUUAGGAGAGGACGCGUGGACAUGCACAUUGAAUUGUCCUAUUGUUGCUUUGAAGCAUUCAAACUGCUUGCAAAGAACUACUUGGAUCUCGAAUCACACCAUUUGUUUGCAACUAUUGGAAAUUUGUUGGAGGAGAACAAUAUUACUCCGGCUGACAUUGCUGAGAAUUUGAUGCCCAAGUCUUCUGAGGAUGAUGCUGAAACUUGCCUGAAGAAUUUGAUUGAGGCUUUGGAGAAGGCGAAGGAGGAAGCAAGGUUGAAAGCUGAGGAAGAAGAGAGACUAAAGGAUGAGAAGGAACAGAAAGAGAAAGAAGAGAAAGAGAAAGAGAAAGAGUCUACUGAAGAAGUGAAAGAGAAGAAAGCUUCAGUUGAAGAAGUGAAAGAAAAUGGGGUGAAGACUACUUGAGCCAAUUUGGAUUAGGAAUUAUUGAUUUCAGUGAGGAUUGAACAACUUGAUUAUUGGGACCCCAUUGAUGUUAAUUAGUCUAUGUUAUGUUGUUAAUGUCUAAAUUGUCCUGGUAAUUAUGUUUUAUGGCUUUAGGGUAAUUAUGUUAUGUUGUUAAUGUCUAAAUUGUCCUGGUAAUAAGAACUCUAGUGUGACGACGAUUAAGAAAGAGAGCUUGAGCUUGACAACUUGGAUAGGUCGUUGUAUUCAAUUCUCAAAUGACGAAAUGUGUGAUCCUAUUAUAUUUUACCUUAUGUCGCAAAAAUCAAUAACAGCUUGUUGGAGUGAUUAAGAA